CGCAGCGGAGAGCCACAGUGGGGGCAGACGGGCAAUUUACCUGCGAGAUAAGCCCUUCAGCUGGCGCUACGCUCACUCAUCGUGUGAUAUGUUCUAAUUAAAGUGGCCAAGAGGAUCCCUUCUGUGAUUUUUUAUUACUGUUCUCCCGCGUUCAGAAAGGGAGCCGAACCCCGAAAGAUGGGGGAGUUUGCGAGCAGCGCUCUCGGCCGGGUCACGGUGUACUCCAUCCAGGGCUGCCCACACUGUGUGCAGGCCAAGGCCACCCUCGGGCGCCUGGGAGUACCAGUGAGUGAAGUGGACGUCGGUGUUCAUUCAGAGCUGAGAGGGAGAGUGAAGGAGCUGACUGGACGCAGCACAGUCCCUCAGAUCUUCUUUAACAGCGUUCAUGUCGGGGGUAACGACGACCUGCAGAAACUGGCUCCUGAAGAGCUCCAGAGGUUGGUGAGUCUGGUCAAGGACGAGCCUCUUCCAGCUGACGCGCCACCAUUACCCGACCCCGACAAGAACCAGUCCGAGGAUCCAGCUGGCGAGACUGACGGAGAGUUUAUGUGUGAGAAAGAUGAGCUGGCGGACCUGGUACAGGACCUGAAACAUGGCAGUGUGAUUGGCUGUCAUAGGAAGGGACUGACUUUACACAAAAAGAGCUUCACAGGCAGUGAGCUGGUUGACUGGCUGCAGAAAGAUAAGGGCAUGGCCAGCGCCGAGGCCUGUAAAACAGGCCAGGCAUUGUUGCAGAAGAAGUACAUGGUCAGUGUACAUGGCAGUGGGCAGCAGGAUGGCAGUUUUGGCGAAGGAAAAGACUCCAUGGACGCACUGUACAGGCUGCUGGAGGACGACCCUCAUUCAGCUCUCAACUCAGGACAGACUGCAAGCUGCAGCCCCAUACAGGCUGCUGAGCUCUCUUUGCUUUUACGGGACAUGAUUCUGAAAUUGUUUUCGGAGCAUCUCUCUGCCGAUGGCAAGUCUGUGGACUACAAAGGCAUGUCCAUGAGCCCUGCGUUUGAGCGGUACACUGAGCUCGCCAUUCAGCUGCAGAGGGUGGAGCUGCUCUCCCUGAGCCGUGAGGAGAAACUGGCCUUCUUCAUCAACAUCUACAAUGCCUUAGUCAUCCACGGGAACCUUCGCCUGGGGGCUCCCACCAACAUGUGGCAAAGAUACAGAUUCUUCAACUAUGUGAGCUACCUGAUUGGAGGAGAAGUAUUCACAUUACAAGACAUUGAGAACGGUGUUCUGAGAGGGAACAGAAAAGGCAUGGCACAGCUCCGACGGCCCUUCUCCAAAACAGACCCCCGACUACAAGUGGCGCUUCCAGAUGCUGAGCCCCUCGUUCACUUUGCCUUGAACUGUGGUGCAAAGGGCUGCCCACCUAUUAAAACAUACACCCCACAGGACAUUGACAGCCAGCUCCGCACAGCAGCCGAGGCCUUCCUGGAGAACGAUGACGCCUGUGUGGUGGAUUCUGGGAAAAAAGAAGUGCGACUCAGUCAGAUAUUCAAGUGGUACAAGGCCGACUUUGGAGGCACUGAUGAGAAGCUGCUGAACUGGGUGCUGGAGCACAUGGGGGACUCUCCGAAGAAGACCAGCCUGCAGGGCGUCCUGUCUGCUGGGAAGACCAAAGUCAGCUUCCUCCCUUAUGACUGGAGCGUCAACAGCACCCACUGAGCAUGCACAAGCAAACACGCUCAGCUAUAUGCUAUGUUUCUUUGCAUCUAUCCACUUUCUACUGAGCUGCGUCUAUUAAAAACAAAAGGACUGCGAUGGAGCGUGCACCAAAUGAAGUCCAUGCAAAAAAAAAAAACAAUAGUCCCAGAGGUGAGGGGGGCGUAUUUGCACUGUAUCAUCAGAUUCUACUUCUCCUGAAGGCUUGUUCAAGCUUUAAGGUCUUACUCUGAGCCCUUACACCUCAUCUUCGGAUGCCAUAUAUAAAUAGUACGUCGUGUUUUAUGGGUUAGACGUCAUAAGAACAGAGUGAUUUGCACACAGAAUACUCCAGCAGCGUAAUUAAUAGCAUAAAACAGGACGUUAAACGUGUUGCAUUAUUAACUUUAAUCCUCAUUUUCCCUCCGGUCUGUGUCUGUGUCAGCAACUCAGGAGUCAUAGAUUAUUGUGAUCAUGUUAGUUUAUCCACGUGGAGCAUUUAAUCAGAGCAGAUGAGGAGGAUAACCAAUCCAAACACAGCCUCAACAAGCCAUAUCCAACCCCUUUGAACUUCACGAGCAGAGCCUGUCCAUCACUUCCACAUUUUUAACCCCACAGGUAACAGUGUUGAUGUUGCUUUCACUAGGGAAGAGAGUAAUAGCUGCCACUUAAAGGGAAUUCAUUUAAAGCUUUGUAAAGAAACAAAUCUGGGUUCGUGUGCAGUUGAACUACUAUCAGGCUCUUUGGACAGAUAAAACCUGGUUCGGUGCUGCUGCUGCUGCUGUAACUUUUCUUCCCAUUUGUUUGGCACAAGAUGGAGUACAGUGAUCAACUACUGAAUGAUUUUUCUCUGGAUGCUCAACCAUCUUUUUUGAUCCAAGUCUUCCACUGUAAAUUGAAAAAAAAAAGAAAAAGUGCUACUGCUGUGUUUUAAGCACAGCUAUUUACUAAAAACAAACACAAUUGUGAACUAUUGACAUAUUUACCAGAACUACGCCCAUUUGGGAUGCACUCGGACACUUUGCAUGCUUAUCGCCAACUUUGAAUGCUACUGAAACGUGUUUGUACUUUUUUCCACAGACAAAUGUUCAUCGUCGGUCUGUAUGUGAAUAAUCCAGCAUGUCUGCAAAUACUGAGAAAAAAAAAACUCAACCCGGUCGAGAGUUCUACUAAAUCAGCUGAUCACAAUUAAAUAACAGCCGUUUUCAUUUAUUGCUAGUAUGUUGUUUCCAUCUGAGCAGGUUUACAAAACACCAAAAUUUACUUUUCCCUGGCCUUAAAUGUUUUUACGAUCACUUUUUAACAGUCACGAUGCGUUCUCCGGCGUGCUGCCCACACAUCAGGGCGUUGUUUUCAUAAUUUUUCUUAUCUCAGGUCAAAGCAGAACUCGAGCGGAGCCAGUUUUCAGGUUGUCUGAUGUCCUCGAUGCACUGUAAGCUGCAUGUUGUUCGCUCAUGUUGUACUGUCUGUGUUUAUUUGGAGAUCAUGUGUUUUAAUUCUGCACAUUACUGGAAAUGUUUUUUUUUUUUUCCUUUAAAGCUACAAGCAGCACCAAAGCAAGCGGUUAGAUGAGCAUGUGUCAGAGCCGGAAUGCAAUCGCUGCAUGAGCUCUGCUGGGAAACCCUUCGAUCUUGAAUGCUGGCCUGUAGCAGGACCGCUUCUGUGUCGCUGCGUCGAGUUCUUAGCCUGUAAACUUUAGCCAUAAGAAAUAGUUGGACCUAAAGCGUCAAACCUGAUAUCAGAAUACAGUAGUUCCACGUCCGGUGAAGUCAGAAUUAAAUUGAUGACUAAAUCGUGCAGAGAUGUUGAGAUCGGCGGCACGUUUUCUUUGUCUUUAAAAACGAGCCUUCAGCGACAAAGUGCACCUUUACUGACUUAUUAUUACUCUGUGGACUCAAGUGAAGAGAAGACAAAGGAUUUUAUUUACAUAUAUUGAUGCUCCCUGUACUUUUUCAACAAAAAAAACAAAAAAAAAUACCUCAUGUAUCAGGAAAAUGUGAUGCAAAAACUUUUCUAAAUAAGCAAUUCUAAUAUAAUCGUUCUAUUUUCCUCUUUCCUGGGGUUCAAGCAAUAUGUUCAUGACUAGUAAAUAUGCAAUGCUGAAUUAAAAGGAUAUACUGAG